CAAUGAUUAAAUACAUAGUGUAAUAUGAUCAAAUACGUUUGUAUUUUCAUCGAUUCUUCAAGGACUUAUUGUAUAGAUACUGCAAUCAAUUUGUUAUGAAAAGAAAAUAUACUGAUUUAUAUAUAAGCGCUGUUUGAUUAAGGAUAUUUUAGAUCCUCAAUUAGGUUAAACAUUUAACGAAUAUCAAAUAGAUCUAUUUGUGGCUCGUGUUUAAUUCAUUGCAUGUUGACAUGAAAAGUUCCGAAAUGUUGAAAUUAUUAUUAUUAUUAAUACAGGACUAUGGCAAUUAAAGUCGUAAUCCCUUAAUCGAUAUUUGAUUGACUAAAACCAAAGGUUUAUGCUGUUUUUGUAAACCUACAGUUCGGAUUAAGAUCUGUUACAAUAGCCUUAUGGAUUAAUAUCAGAUGGAAUUGUUAUUAAUCGCGUUCAUAUUUGGAGAUUAAUCUCAUUGUUGAGUUUUAGAUAAACUAGAAACAGAAACGAAUGAAAACUCGUGAGGAAAAACAAAAUGGAUACAAAUAAACAUUAACAGACAUCGUGCAGGACUUUCCAGAAAAAUAUGUUAAAGAAUAAAACAACAGCAGACAGUUGUUGGGCGAAUCUUUAUUGAAACUAAAACCUUCGCCACAGUCGGAGAACCGCAGCGGCAAUAUGGUGGAACCAAUAGGAUGGGCAAGCAUGCGCAGUUCGCUCCAUUACAGGACCGUAUUUCCGGAAAUGCCAGAUGUUGGAACACAUCAAACGCUACAUAAGAACCUUUCCAAGCGUCUACAGCCACGUGACAUGAUCGCUUUCAAUCAGAACAAUAUUGACAUGGCGCGGCGCAUUCUUCACCGACAGCGCGUCGCCCUCAGGCUGUAUUCCGGUAGUAGAUUAAGCCUUAAAGGCUCCACAGCACACCAGACGUCAGCGAGGCUUCAUCGGCAGCCGUUACGCCAAUAUACGUGUCCAGAUGGGUUUAACAGGGAAAAUUCUGAGACGUUUUCAAACAUGCGCUCUGAAGGGUCCACCCUGCUUACGGAAGCGUCCCUGUACGGCCCACCCGGCACGAGAGAGGGCGCACGGGACCACUUCCAUGGCGGACGCGGCAUGAGCCCAAUUCCCGGAAGUGCUCGUUCCAUGUUUUCCGAUCAUAACGCUUUACCCCAUGACCCCGAAAAAGCGCCGGAUUCCAGGGGCUAUGUUGUGAAAUUAAAGCGACCUAUCGUGUAUAAAAAGAAGUAUACGGAAUCGGAAGUGCAAAACAUCGUGAGGCGUCUUACGGACUAUGAUCCCCUGACACAUCCGGCGGAGUCCCGCGGCCAGGUGAGGGAGCGGCCGGCUGUCGUGGCACAGGUGCCUAGACAGAGUAUGGUACAAAUAAAAAAAUGUUCGGCUGAGGAAGUGCAACAAAUCGUAGAGAGACUGUACACAUAUGACAACAACCGCUGGCCCGCGGAGUCCAAGGCCCGUCUCCAGAUACACUCUGGUCGUCCCAGGCAGAUUCAGACCGCACCCGCCGGUCAAAUGAAGAAACAGGAAGAUCCCGCCACGGCGCCAUCGUCGUUGGCCCCAAGUUCAGCCGGUCACCACCGUCCCUCCCUUCAACCGAUAGAGGAGGGGGCGGUCACGGACGAAGGGAGCCACUCUAAGCACCCGUCCGUCUCUGAAGAUCCGGACAUUGAUACGCGCUCGAAAGCUGACACAAAUGUAUCAGAAAGUGAGAAAGCAUCGAAGCUAUAGUUUGUGACUAGUUUUCGUCAUAACGUAUAUCUAACGUAUACUAUUGAACAUGUGUUGACGGCGUGCACCGUUUUUUAAGAAUUCUUUUGUUAAUUGUAAACCUUUGAAAACAUAAUUUGUGUAUUCUUAAAAAUAAAACAGUACUUAGUAUGACAGAACAGUCAUAUUUAGAAUAUUUAUAAGGUUUACGUGGCUUUAAUUCUAGUUGACUUAUUUGGUGCGGCAUUUGUAUGUUAUAUUGACUUCUUUUUAUGUAUGAGAUAUCUUACGGGGUCAUUUUAGCAUUUUCACCCUUCGAGGCAACAGAUGAUAUGUCGUUUACUAUGUGAUUGUUCAUUGUUAUUCAUGUCAUCUAGCUGACUUAGAAAACAGAUUAGGUUAGGUUAGACAACCUCAUUGGCUGAAACAUUGUCAACGAAAUAUGUGACACUGGGAGUGUGUAUCGGAUGAGUGGCAGUCGGCGACCCUUUUAACAUCCGUUAAAUUUCAAAUCCUUAAUGAUUUAAAGCCUAGCACUUAACCAGUUUAGUGUUUUAGAUUAUAAUUUAUAAACUGGCCAAGUCUUUUUUAUUGAUUUAAUGAAAAUAAAUGAAUGACAUAUUUGUAAAGCAUCGCCACCCCAUUGGAAAAAAGUAAUUUAAACAGUGAAAAAUAAGAAAUGCCAUCGAAACGUUUGGCAUUAUGUUUUUGUUUUUACAGUAGUUAUUCUCGUUGUGCAUUUACAAUUGAGUACAGUUUUCACCAUUGUUACACAUAUAUUGUUAUAUAUUAUAUUUCACAUAUACAUGUACAUACUUUUAGAAUUAUAUAACGGAACAUCGUUCUUUAGACUAUAAAUAAAAUUUGAAGA